AUGGGCAAAGAGAGUAGACAAGAGAAAAGGAACAAACAGUGGAUAAAAGAAAAAGAACAAAUGGGUAGGAGAGAAGAAACGAAUAGACAAAAACUAAUAGGCAGAAUGGACAAGAGAAAAGGAACGAAUGGGUAG